AUGACAAACAGCCAUGACCCAGACAUGGAGCCUCAGGAUCAAUCCGUCUUUUCCGACUUCAAAGGCCGCAGCGAUCGCCCAACACCCGGCUUCACAUACAUCAUCCUCCACCAGCCCACAAACCGCGCCCUGAGCAUUAUCAAGGGCUACCCGGCUCUCCAACGCGCCUGCGAGCCGAUAACCGGUGUAUCACACCCCAGGCUGCUCGAAGGCAAGACCCAUUGGCACUGGGAGUGUGUGGAGUCGAACGGCUGGCUCAGCUUCCGCAACGCCGCAACGGGGAAGUUUCUAGGCCACGAUGGCGAUGAGAACGAGGAAGAAAGCCCCAAUUGGGGAAAUUAUAGGUGCUCUAGCACUAAGCCUGGGCUAUCGGAGAAGUUUAGCUUUGGGAGGCUGCCUCUGGACAUGAUGAUAUCUGAGAGGGAAGUUGAUGGACCGGUACAAGUCAAGGAAGACGAACAUGGCGAAGGAAACAAGCGUGGAGCAGUAGAAGUAAAUAGUGAGGAAAUUGUGGAUGUUGUGGGUGAUGGGGAGUCCAACGAGGAGCCGCAGCCGCAGCCGCAGCCGCAGCCGCAGGUUCAGGCAUCGGAGUUGUUCUCGCUUCUCGCACGCUCGCAAAGGUGGACGCCGCGGUAUCCUCAUCAGGUUGCGCGCUGCUCAGCUUGUGGGGGUGACUUCUGGAAGCUGGUCAAGGUACAGGUGAAGCCUGAGAGCUUGGCGGAAGGGUUGCAGUUACAGAUGGUUUGGGAUGCUAAUGAGGACGCGGGCACGGUUUGGAGGUUUGUGAAGGUCGUUCCGCUGCUGGAGGCACCAGUUGAAGAUGAGCUCACUUACGAGGUCGAGGAGGUUUUUAGGGCUUGA